AGGCGUUGGAACGUCGGUUCGCGAUGCUGCCCCCUACCGAAGCUCUUAGGAAGCACAGGUUCAGAGACCUGUAUCCUUCUGCCCAGAAAGUGUCCCGAUAAUCGGGGUCACCUACGGAGCACGCGAUUCCCAUUAGACAUCGAGCGGAGAGGUCCCGGUCUGAGUGCACCUCUGGAGGCAGGGGAGAACUCCAGGAUGCAGCAUCCCCUGCACAUCUCGGCGUGGCCAGCAUAGAAACUACACUGACUGAGAUCAGUUCCUGUGAAUACCAAGGAGAAGCCUGAAAACUGAGCCCUGGGGUCCUGCCAAUUUCAGAGACGACGAGGAUGAAGAGCUAGGAGAAUAUAAGCAUCAUGAGAGCAGAAAUUUGUGUCCGUCUGUCCGACUCAUGGCUACAUCUCCAGCACCUGGAGCAGAGCCUGGCACACAAUGGAUACACGAUGAUCAUUUGUUGGUUGAAGACUUUGUGCCACUAUCCACCCCCAGCCUCCAGUCCUGGAUUGAAGUGCACAUGCACUUGAAGUGUUUAGGGUGGCCUCUGGACGCCAUCCCAGAACCUUCCCAUAUCCAAGUUUGGAAUAAAGAAAGCUGCUUCUUGGAGAACACUAUUCAGUGACUGGAAAACGCGAGUAUUAUUCUUCUCAUUGAAGAGAUGAGAAAACUGAAACGAAGAAUCUUUGAGUGACCAAAGGAAAGGAAAGCUGACUGAAGGUUCAGCUCUUCAGAGCCCCCAGGGACACACUGCCUGCCCGUGCAUAUCAUGGCCCUCCACCCCCGCAGAGUUCGGCUGAAGCCCUGGCUGGUGGCCCAGGUGGAUAGUGGCCUGUAUCCUGGGCUCAUCUGGCUACACAGGGACUCCAAACGCUUCCAGAUUCCCUGGAAACAUGCCACCCGGCAUAGCCCUCAACAAGAGGAGGAAAAUACCAUUUUUAAGGCCUGGGCUGUGGAGACAGGGAAGUACCAGGAAGGAGUGGAUGAUCCUGACCCAGCUAAAUGGAAGGCCCAGCUCCGCUGCGCUCUCAACAAGAGCAGGGAAUUCAACCUGAUGUAUGACGGCACCAAGGAGGUGCCCAUGAACCCAGUGAAGAUAUAUCAAGUGUGUGACAUCCCCCAGCCCCAGGGCUCAAUCAUUAACCCAGGAUCCACUGGGUCUGCUCCCUGGGAUGAGAAGGAUAAUGAUGUGGAUGAAGAAGAUGAGGAAGAUGAGCUCGAUCAGUCACAGCACCAUGUUCCCAUCCAAGACACCUUCCCUUUUCUGAACAUCAAUGGUUCUCCCAUGGCACCAGCCAGUGUGGGCAACUGCAGCGUGGGUAACUGCAGCGUGGGCAACUGCAGUCCUGAAGCAGUGUGGCCCAAAACUGAACCUCUGGAGAUGGAAGUACCUCAGGCACCUAUACAACCUUUCUAUAGCUCUCCAGAGCUGUGGAUCAGCUCUCUUCCAAUGACUGACUUGGACAUCAAGUUUCAAUAUCGUGGGAAGGAAUAUGGACAGACCAUGACUGUGAGCAAUCCCCAGGGCUGCCGACUCUUCUAUGGGGACCUGGGUCCCAUGCCUGACCAGGAAGAGCUUUUUGGUCCCGUCAGCCUGGAGCAGGUCAAAUUUCCAGGUCCGGAGCAUAUCACCAAUGAGAAGCAGAAGCUAUUCACUAGCAAGCUGCUAGAUGUCAUGGACAGAGGACUGAUCCUGGAGGUCAGCGGCCACGCCAUUUAUGCUAUUAGGCUGUGCCAGUGCAAGGUGUACUGGUCUGGGCCAUGUGCCCCAUCACUUGCUGCCCCCAACCUGAUUGAGAGACAAAAGAAGGUCAAACUGUUUUGUCUGGAAACAUUCCUUAGUGAUCUCAUUGCUCACCAAAAGGGGCAGAUAGAGAAGCAGCCACCGUUUGAGAUCUACUUAUGCUUUGGGGAAGAAUGGCCAGACGGAAAACCCCUGGAAAGGAAACUCAUCUUGGUUCAGGUCAUUCCGGUGGUGGCUCGGAUGAUCUAUGAGAUGUUUUCGGGUGAUUUCACACGAUCUUUUGACAGUGGCAGUGUCCGCCUGCAGAUCUCGACUCCAGACAUCAAAGAUAACAUUGUUGCUCAGCUGAAGCAGCUGUACCGCAUCCUCCAAACCCAGGAAAGCUGGCAGCCCAUGCAGCCCACCCCCAGCAUGCAACUGCCUCCUGCCCUGCCAGCCCAGUAAUCUUCCUUUUCUUUUUUACAAGAUUGUACAUAUGGAUAUUUUUUAUUACUCAGAUAUAACAGCUUUCUAUCUCU